AUGCAUUCUCUGUUGGCGGUAAAGUGCUUGGCCAUCCUGGCAUUGAGCGACAGUUACGCGACUGGAUUGUCAACCGUCAGAUGGAAUGCCAGAGACCUGCACACGGUGCCGACCUCGAAUGGACCGAUUACAGGCCACCCGGCGUCAAACAGCUCCGAUGUUCUCGAGUUUCUCGGCAUUCCCUAUGGAAAGCCUCCAGUCGGCGACUUGCGGUUUGCUCCACCGCAGAGGUUCGCAGGGAACGGGUCGUAUGAGGCAUCUAAUUUCGGCUUCGACUGCCCACUUUCGCCCUCUCGCCAAGUCGAUUACCCGGACAUGACUCCUCAAGCGCAACGCAUCAUUGGAUACUUUGCUUCUGCUGCUGGGACGCCUCAAAGUGAGGACUGCUUGACGUUGAACGUCUGGACAAAGCCUACAGGCAAUGCUCUGACAGCCGCCAAACCAGUCAUUGUCUUCUUCUACGGUGGGCGCUUUGCCAUUGGCAACACGAACAGCCCUUUCUACAAUGGAAAGUACUUCGCGGAUGCUCAGGACGUUGUCAUAGUCACAGUCAACUAUCGUAUCAACGUCUUCGGGUUCCCCGGGGCCCCGGGUCAGCCUCAGAACCUUGGCUUGAUGGACCAACGUACGGCCGUGGAAUGGGUCCGCGACAACAUUGCCGGCUUCGGAGGAGACCCGGCAAAGAUCACCAUCGCGGGCCAAUCCUCCGGUGGUGUAGCUGUGGACUACUGGUCAUACGCUUACAUCAAAGAUCCCAUCAUCAACGGUCUCAUCGCACCGUCUGGGAAUGCAUUUAGCUUUCCGCUCAACAGCCCAAAUGUAACUGCGCGGAAUUGGAAUACUGUAGUGGCGGCUGUGAACUGUACUAAUACCACCGACUCUAUGGGAUGCAUGCGAAGUCGGAAAUGGGAGGACAUCAAAGCUGCUGCCGCUGCUAUCAGGCCGGCGUCUUCUAGCAGUGUUCUUCGAGGUAUUCCACCAUUCUACCCUUCGGUAGACAACAAGACUGUCUUUCCUGACUAUAUGUUCUUGACAAAAUCUGGCAAAUUUGCCAAACUGCCAAUUCUCUUUGGAAACAACAACAAUGAAGAUGGUUACUACAGAAUUCCAGCAUAUGGCAAUAGCGUUGUCCCGACUCCGGCACAAGUUGAAUCAUUUCUACUGGAAUCCUUCACUUGUCCAAACUCACACCAAGGCCAGGCACGUUUGGAUUGUAAAGUUCCGGCGUGGGUAUACCGCUACUUUGGAGAUUGGGAUAACACACGACUCUUUCCGACAAGUGGGGCAUAUCACGGUGUCGAUCUGCACAUGAUAUUCGGCGCGUCUGGGGACGUGAGUGGGAUCCAGCCGUCAGAUGCCCAGAGGAAGACGACCGCACUUAUGCAGAGCGCUUGGGCAACUUUCGCCAAUGAUCCAGUCGAUGGUUUGAGUUCAGUCCUCGGGUGGCCGAAAUUCGACCCGAACGAGGAAUCACUGGUUCUUCUGGCAGUUGACAAUGACCCUGAGCCUCAGUUCGUCAAGCCAAGCACGUACGAUGCGCCGUGUUCAACGAUCACCUUGGGAGCGUUGGGAACUACGACACCCUCUUCCUGA